AUGAAUAAACAGUAUGUCAGUGUUAAAAUGAAUAAUUCGAAUAUCAAUAAACUAAAUAUACUCGAUUUACCCGAUGAAAUAUUACUAAUCAUUUUCAAUAAACUGAAAACGGUUGAUGCUAUCUAUUCACUUGUGGACGUUAAUGAACGAUUUAAUCGAUUAGUAUUUAAUUCACUUCAUAUUCGCAAACUUGAUACGACCAACAUGGUCAUAAAAUCAUAUUAUGAUCGUAGAUUUUCAAUAGACAAUAAUAUUCUUUCGAAAAUAUGUGAAAAAAUCUUACCUCGAAUUCAUCAUCAAUUAAAUGAACUUAUAGUUGAACAAAAUUCAAUGAAAUAUAUUCUUCUUACUGGUAAUUAUCCUCAACUUGACUCAUUAUCACUUGUUAAUUUUCAAAAAGAAAUACUUCUUCAAUAUUUAACAGGUAAUUCAAUUCUUCAUCAUCUUUUCACUCAACAAAUUCAAUAUCUUAAUAUUGAUGUUUCAUAUGAUCCAAAAUCAAAAGGAUCUAAAAUUCUAUCAAGUAUAUUUGCAUUGUUUUUAUCUAUAUGUAAACAACUAAUCAAUUUGAAUUUUUGUCAAUUGUUUUAUGAUCGGAAGACUCCAAUUUGUAUUUAUAAGUUCCCAUUAACAAGUUGUAUAUCUUCGACUUUAAUUAAAUUAAAAGUUAAUGUUGCAACUUUUGAUGAUUGUCUUUAUCUUCUUGAUGGACGUCUCAAACAUUUAUCAACAUUGAUUAUUGAUGUGAAAGAAAUAUUUUUGAGUUUCUCAGAUAAAAAUAAGAAAAAACUUCCCGAUUUGAAAUGCUUCUCAUUGACUUCAAUGAAGGACACACGUCAUUAUGACGAUCAAAUUAUUCCAUUACUUCGUCGAAUGAUAAAUCUUAAAGAAUUGACAUUAUUCUUAUUAGUAUUAAAAAAUGACUCAAUUUAUAUUGAUGGUAUUCAAUUACAUGAUCAAAUUCUUAUUUAUAUGCCACAAUUGAACAAAUUUACAUUCAGUAUAAACACAGUUAUUGUUAAUGAAGACAUCAAAAUUGAUCGUCCAUCAAACGAAGAUAUUCAACAUAGCUUCAUUGGGAAAGGAUAUGGACAAGUUGGUUCAUAUGUCCAUUAUAGACAAGAACGCAAUGUAGGCACAUCGCAUGUCUAUUCACUUCCAUAUCAAUUUGAAUAUUUUUUUCAUCUUAACAACUCUUUUCAAGGUGAUAUAUUUGAUACAGUUCAAUGCUUAGCAAUGACUGAUGGACGUCCUUUUGAACAUAAUUUAUUCAAACUUAUCUCUCAAUGUUUUCCUCUUUUGAAAGAAUUACGUGUUGUUAAUUAUCAACCACAAAAAAAUAAGCAACAUUCAUCUAUAUUAAUUAUAUUUCCUCGUCUUAUUCUUCUCAAUCUGAUUGAAGCACAUUUAGGCAAAUUUGCUGAUAAUAAAGUAUUGACAGCUAUUACAUUUGGCAUAAAAUAUUAUUUAGAAGAUAAUCAAUUUACUGAUACAUUUUCUCUUUCACUUGCUAAUCGUUUAAGAUGUACUAAUGUUCAUUAA